CACUGUGUGCAGAGCUGCCUUGCCCCCCUGCGUGCGAAUCCGUAAACGCACCCGAUCGCAGUAGUAGUGGUAGGUGUGUGAAAGAAAAAAACUGUCGCAGCACGUAAAAUCUAACGGGAGCCGGAAAAUCGACUAAAUUUCAACAAAAUCCUCAAUUUGAUAUUAUCACGUGUUAAUCAUGGAGCAAGUGCUGCAAAACUCUUUGAUAACCGCUGCCGUUCAAUUGGAAAAACAACUCGACAAUGAACUUUCCCGGCUGGACAGUCUUGGUGGCGAGGACCUGGAAAAGCUUCGCGAGCAGAGAAUCAAAGAGCUGAAGAAACAGGCCAAUCAACGGCAAGAGUGGAAGAAUAACGGUCACGGCGAGUACUGCGAGCUAGCGGACGAGAAGGAGUUUUUCGAAGUGAGCAAAAAAUCCGCCAACAUCGUAUGUCAUUUCUAUCGGGAUUCGACGCCCCGCUGUCGGAUCGUCGACAUGCACCUCAAGAUUCUGGCCGCCAAGCACAUCGAGGCCAAGUUUUGCAAAGUCAACGCCGAAAAGUGCCCCUUCCUGACGCAACGGUUGAGGAUCAAGGUCAUCCCCAGUAUAGCCCUGAUCAAGGACAGCAAAACGAAGGAUUACAUCGUGGGCUUCACCGAUCUGGGCAACUGCGACGAUUUCAGCACCGAGAUGCUGGAGUGGCGCAUCGCACAAUCCGGAGCGAUUGAAUAUAACGGAGACCUGCUGACACCCCCAGACGAUAAGAAGAAGAAGAAGACCAACUACAACGCGAAAAAGACCAUCCGCGGUGGGUACGAUUCGGACGAUUCCGAUAUCGACUUUGACGAUUAAUCGUUGAAUGAAGGAAUGGUCGAGUAAGUGUUUCUCGUACGGUUAGAAUUACAACACAAAAUUGCUCUGGUAGCAAAAAGAAAAGAAAGCAACAACAAACUAAAACAAGACAAAACUCAAGAUCGCAGCGAUGGGUGAACCUUUUUCUAGUGUUUAGGCAUUAUUUUAGAGUAUAGUAUUUUAAGGGAUCUCUUUCGAUGCAAGCACGUAUGGCGUACGGUCGGGAGCAAGCGCUUUGCAAUUUUGUUCUCCCAUUAACACAUCAAAAUUACUCGAAGCCGACAACAAUGAAAUUUGUCUCGCUGUCGUUGCAUGUUCACUGUUCUUCUAAUGGCUAGCUUAUUUAUGUUCCACUGCGUGUUUUAGUGCUUAAAUAACAAAUUAUCGCGAUGAAAUGCAAUUUUGUUUUUAUACCGUGAUUUUUGAAAUGCUUAUUAUCGAUCCAAUGAUCGUCGCAAAUAUUUGAAUCAAAUUGUGUGAUUUUGACGUCCCGGCUAAAAGUGUCCUCCUCUACCUCCUCUUUUGAGUGUUCGUCCCUGUUUUCAUCUGUUGAAUUAUCAAUAUUAUCUAAUAUGAUAGACGAUCAAAAUCAUUGCUUUUUGUAGUUGAAUGCACUUUGGAGACGAUAGGAAGAUAUUCCCAUUUGGCAUAACGUCGCCGGAAAUAUUGGCCGCGUAUAAUGCCUUUUAUAUCAUAAUAACAAUAUCUCAUUCUUUUUGAAAUUAUCUAAUUGGCGGCAAUAUGCCAAAUAGCCUUUGUUUCAUUCGACUUCAUGCCAAAUGAGCUGCUUCCGAUUGAAAAAAUACCUAAAACGAGAAUUGUUCAAACUAUUUGAUGAUAAAAAAACGAACUUAGUAGUGAUAACAUUGAAAAUUUGAAUCACAUUCAUAACCUGCUAGAAAACAAAAAUCAAAGAAACAAGUUUAGGACUAUUUUAGACCAUAUUUUCCAGAAACAAACAUAGAUGCAAAUCUACAAAACAUUUCGAAUAACAGUCGGAUAAAGUUUGACGGUAUUUGUCCGGAUUUCACCGCGAGGCAAAGAAAAAAAAACUUUUAGAUAUCUACUCUCAAUGCUUACGAUUUAUUUUUCUUUUACUCAUUAUAUGACGAAUUUAACUUACUAACAUUUAGUAGUGCAACCAAUCACACAAUCAGUGAAAAAAAUCGUGUUCCAUCGUAAAAUUUUCGGAUGUGCGGAUCAAAAACAGAGAAUAAUUUUGGUUACAGCUUGUCGUCCAUUUUGAUCUACCUAUACAGAGAACACUAUGCCGGAAUAGAGUGCUGGAUCUGUUUUGGUGUUAAGGAUUAUCCACUUUUUGGCACUGCGACCAUUUGAACACGUGAAUGGAGGCAUAAAAUGCGAAGGCGCAUGAUUGCAAGCCUAGUGACUAUGUAUUAAUAAAUUAUUUAAGUUUUCUAUUACUGAUGAUAAUGUAA